CGCAGUAUUUUCCGUCAUCUUUUCUGGCUAUUUUGAAGACACAUGUCAAUACGGCGAGACACUCAAGAGGAAAAAGAAUUUUUUAAAAUAAACUAUUUAAUCAAACGGAAAGUUUUCUGGACUAUUCUGUGGAAUUGAACUUAUUGUUUUUGCUUCCUUCAUUCCGAUCUGUGGAAUAGGUGUAGAAAACAUAAAUGUUUCGCUGAAAAAUGAAGAUGCCCGCAACUUAAGGCUAUUUCGAGUAACAUAAUUUCGGGAUCAAAGCAUUAAAGUGAAUAUCCACUUUUGUCUGAAUCAGGAAAUUGCUGAACCAACUAAGGAUUAAAUUAGAGGUACACCGAAGCACAAGAUGGAGGAAAAACAGCAACAGGUUGCCACUGUGGAUGUCAUCAAUCCUUUUGUCCUCAAGCAAGAGCUCUCUCAGCUCCAGAUUUUCAAGUCUGUGAUUCUUUCAGUGAUUCUUCUCCCCGUGCGCUUUCUUCUCAUGAUGCUUAUCCUACUGAUCGCCUGGCUCAUCGGUGUUUCCACCCUCCGAGGAAUCUCGCAAGAGCAGGCAGAAGGGAAGGAACCCCUCAUUGGAUGGAGACGGCGGUGGGCCAAGCCUUUGAUUGCCAAUCUAGCACGUUUCGUGUUUGUUGUAGGCGGUUGGUUUUGGAUACCCCAAAAAGGACGAAGAGCUACUGCCAAAGAAGCUCCCAUUCUCCUAGUCAUGCCCCAUUCCUCGUUUCUGGACACAAUUCUUGUCAUCGCUCUCCGUUGUCCUAGCAUGGUUGUCAAAGAUUCAACGGAAAGAACUCCAGUCUUUGGAAGUCUCGUGAAGUAUACGCAGCCGUUAUUCGUCACGAGUGAAGAUCCGGAUUCUAGGCGGGAAAUCGCCGAGAAGAUUCGAGAGCGCGUGACAUCCUGCAAGGAUUUCGAACAAUUACUUCUGUUUCCAGAAGGGGGAUGCGGCAACAGGAAAGCCUUACUGCGGUUUAAACUCGGUGCCUUCGCGCCGGGUGUUCCUGUGCAACCAGUCUUUAUUCGUUACAAGAACAAUUUGGAUACAAUUACUUGGAGCUGGGAAGGUCCAGGAGCGCUGAAACAACUGUGGCUGACUCUGACGCAGUUCUACAUAUCUUGUGAAUUAGAAUUUCUACCCGUGUAUCUUCCCAGUGAACAGGAACGACAAAAUCCAAGACUCUUUGCUGACAACGUUCAGCAAUUUGUUUCAAAUUGGACAAACAUGCCAGUGAGUGACUUCUGCUUAGAGGACGCUCGUUUCUUAAAAGUCGCCAAAGACCGCGGUUUGCCUCCAACUGUGGCCCUGGUCAAAUUGCUGAGACUAAGAAAAACUCUAGGGAAUCAAGACAUGAGUCCAGAAGAUGAAUUGAAACAAUUAGAAGAAAAGAGAAAGUCGUUUGCUCCGCUGCGAGGAGAUAUUCAACAUCUGGCAUCAUACUUGGGAUUAGAACGAAGUCCGGAAGCGUUGAAAGAGUUCUUCCGCAUCCUUGAUCAGGAAAGGAAGAAUUCUUUAGAUGUUCGUGUUUAUGAUAUUGGACUCUGGAUGAUCAGAACUGAUGUGAAAAUGAAAGAAAAAAUGCAAAAGGCAUUUCAGAUUUUGGAUGGGAAGUCCGAAAAUUUGGAUAUAAUUGCUCUUUAUUGGAAAGGAAUAAAAUCUCUGAAAACCUUAAAAGCAACAGAUAAAUUUGAUCCAGAAGAGCUAUCCAGCAAUUGAAGCAUCAAUUCAUACUUCAUUAAUAUGUAUUAUAAAAGCAUCAAGAAUAAGUAUUUUCAUCAUUUUUUAUGUACUUCUUUAUUGAGAGAAAUUAAAGUUCUUAUUAUAUGUA